AUGAAGAUCCUUGAGUCCCAAUCAGCCGUUCUAUCCAACUAUGAGGUCUACCAGCACCUCACUGAUCAACGUGACCGCUAUAAGCAGAAGAAGCACCGCGGGCCCCCAAACCUCGAGACAGUUGUUCGAGAGACUGCCCCCAGUCCUUUGAGUCAGAAGCCCCUCACCUACACCCCGGAGGCUAUUACCCAGAUCAUUGAGAAAUUAAGUCCGUAUGAGCUGUCAAAGGGCGAGAUGGUCAUGAUUCUAAACCUCCGGCCGGCAUCCAUUGCUGCUCUCAACACCAUUAUUGAGGACAUGCCCGAGCGUUACUCGGAUGAGCAACAAGAAGAAAUUGUUGGCAUUGUCGCCGACGUUCUCGGUCAGUUCGAGGUAGCUGAGGCUGAAGAAAACGGAGACGCGGGCGAGGGCGAGGAUGUGAAUAUGAAUGAUGCUGAAGCUUCAUGA